AUGUCCAACUUGCCCAUGGAGCCGGAGUUCGAACAGGCCUAUAAAGAGCUUGCUUGGACACUUGAGAACUCGACCAUCUUCAAGAAACACCCGGAAUACAGGAAGGCAUUGCUCGUUGCCUCUAUCCCAGAGCGAAUAAUCCAGUUCCGUGUCACAUGGGAAGAUGACAAGGGCCAAACGCUAUCCCACCUGUUCUUACCGGAUAAGAAUAAUAAGCUAACAUUGGCUGCUGCAGUCAACUUGUCCAUCUUGAAGUUCCUGGGCUUUGAGCAGAUCUUCAAGAAUGCUCUCACAGGCCUGAACAUGGGUGGUGGUAAAGGAGGCGCCGAUUUCGAUCCAAAGGGGAAAUCUGACAACGAGAUUCGGAAAUUCUGCAGCGCGUUCAUGAUGGAGCUAAGCAAGCAUAUUGGAGCGGACGUGGAUGUGCCGGCUGGUGACAUCGGAGUUGGUGGUCGCGAGAUCGGGUUCCUCUUUGGCGCUUACAAGAGGCAGAGACAUAUCUGGGAAGGAGUGCUGACCGGAAAGGGAAACAGCUGGGGCGGAAGUCUGAUCCGACCAGAGGCGACUGGAUACGGCCUUGUCUAUUAUGUCCAGCACAUGAUCAAGCACGCCACAAAUGGUUUGGAGAGCUUCGCAGGCAAGCGAGUAGCUAUAUCUGGAUCAGGGAACGUGGCUCAAUAUGCUGCUCUCAAGGUGAUCGAGUUUGGCGGCAUUGUUGUCUCUCUCAGUGACAGCAAGGGAAGUUUCAUUGUCCGGGGCGGCGAGGACUCCUCCAUCACACCCGAGGAGAUCCGCUUGAUUAUGGCACUCAAGGAUGAGAGGAAGCCGCUAUCCGGCAUUGCGAGCCAUGAAGCCUUCGCCAGCAGAUGCGAAUAUAUCGAGGGUGCAAGACCAUGGGUUCACGUUGGCAAAGUGGAUGUUGUGCUUCCAUGCGCGACUCAGAACGAAGUCUCGGGUGAAGAGGCCAAAGUGCUUGUGGCUAACGGCGCACGCUUUGUCGCCGAAGGAUCCAACAUGGGCUGCACGUUGGACGCCAUUGAACACUUCGAGGCGCACAGAAAUGAACACAAUCGUGAUCAGGGCGCAGUGUGGUACGCGCCUGGAAAAGCAGCAAAUGCGGGAGGAGUUGCAGUCAGUGGGUUGGAGAUGGCUCAGAACUCCCAGAGACUGACGUGGACUGCAGAGGAAGUGGACGGGAAGUUACAGGCUAUCAUGAAGGAAUGCUUUGAGACUGGGUUGAGGACAGCGAAGGAGUACACGGAGGUGGAGGAUGACAAGCUACCAUCUCUGGUGGCAGGAAGCAACAUUGCAGGUUUCAUCAAGGUAUCUGAAGCCAUGCGAGACCACGGUGAUUGGUUCUGA